AUACCCAAAACCACUAAUUGAAAUUAUUGAAAGUGUGGAUUGCUAUAAAGAGCCGGCCAUAUUGUUCAAGUUCACUAAAAUAAAAUAUAACAAGAUGGAGGACCAUAGAGAAAUGAGAAAUGGUGAGUAUGAAGAUCUGUUACCUGUCAUGGCAGAGAAGCUGGACGUGGAGACUUUCGUGUCUGAGUUAUGUGGUGGAUUCAAGUUACUGGCAGACCCAACAAGCGGACUGAUCACAGCGGAGAGUUUGAAGAAGAAUUCAGCACUUCUUGGAAUGGAACACAUGAGCAAAGAAGAUUCAGAGGCAAUGGUUAAAGAAGGAGAUCUUGACGGAGAUGGAUCGCUCAAUGAAACAGAGUUUUGUAUUUUGAUGGUUAGGCUGAGCCCCGGCAUGAUGCAAGAUGCUGAGGCAUGGCUUGACAAGGCUCUUGAACAUGAGCUGAGAACCUCCUCUGAUCCUCAUCUGAAUUAGAUUGGUAAUAUUAAUAUGUAUAAAAUAUUUAUGAUUUGUAAUGCCUGGACAUGUUUGUUUAUCAAUAACAAAGUAUUGAUGUUCAAACUUCAAA